AUGGGUAAAACAAAAGAGAUUAAAGGGUUUAAUAUAUUACCAUUAAGACUUCCAAAUACCAAGUCUACACACUACAUAUAUUUCAAAAAACACGAAGUUAAGAAUAGUGAUGCCAACAACCGAUCUUUAUUUAUCUGCAACCUACCAAUAUCAACCGAAUUAGCAACUAUAAAAAAGUUUUUCCAAACUGUGGCGAUUGGAUCUACUAUUGAAUUGUUUAUAAACUCAUAUUUGACUGAUUAUCCAGAAGACAUUUGGAUCAAUUUGACAAAAUUAACAUCGGAUUUGGAUUUAUCCAACAUUGCUGAUGAUCCUGCUAGUAAAUUGCCAAAGAAUUGUGGUGUUGUCACAUUUGUUGAUAAAUCGUCAUUUCAGUUAGCAUUCAAUGCUUUGAAAAAGUUGUCUUCAAAUGGUUCUGAAACAGAAUGGCCAAUAAGACAGUUUUCAUCAAAUUAUUAUCUAAAUAAGUUUCAACAACAGAUAUUGGACCCUAGUGCGUUAUCUGAAAAGGUUUCCCAAGCUUUAAUAGAUUUUGAUAAAGCAGAACAAAAAUCCAUAGAAGAAUUACAAGAACAAAAGACUUUAGUUGAUGAAGACGGAUUUACAUUGGUGGUUGGGCCACAAAGAAAGACUAAAGCUGGUAUAUUGGGCAAGCAAAAGUUGGCCGCUACUGUUGAGUCUGAAAAGGCUAAGUCCAAGAUGAAGAGCAAAGAGAAACAAGAUUUCUAUAGAUUCCAAAUUAGACAACGUAAGAAAGAAGAAAUGAAUGACUUGUUGAACAAAUUCAAGAUGGAUCAAGAGAAGGUUAGAGUGAUGAGAGAAAAGAAGAGAUUUAGACCAUAUUAA